GGAGGCGGGCUCAUCCCUCUCUCCCUCUCCUCUUCUCCUCUCCUCUCUCUCUCUCUCAGUUGCUCGUGAGGCUGGAGCGACACAAUCUUCACAUUCACCAAACACAACCCGGGGCUCGCGCGGAGGAAAACCUGACGUCGUCACGCACAGACGCACGCGCGGAUUUACCACCUCCUCCUCCUCCAUCAUCACCUCCACCUCCACCUCCUCCUCCAUCCUCCUCCUCUUCCCCGUGUGCUGUGUCCGCGUGGGAGCGCGCGGGGCGAUGGAGGAGCGCGGCGCGUGGGCUCUGACGUGACUCAGAUCGUCGCGCGGGGGUCGCACGGAAUUCGUCGUCAUCGGAAAUGGCUCCUCCUCCGCACCACGAGCACACGGGGAUCCACCUACCGGCCCUCCUGCAGUCUCCCUUCGGACCUUCAUGCUAGCAACAACGCGACCUCCGCUUAUGGGCGCAAAAUGGCCGACGCAGACUACAAGUACCGCCUGCUGGGACCGGCGUCGGACGAGUACCGCAAAAGACCGCUGCUACUGCAAGUGGACAGCACCCUGAUGAACCUGUUUGCCGUUCUGGAAGUCCGAAGGGAAGUCCCGAAGCGCUGGAGCAACCUCAACAACUCGCGGCAAAUUCGGAUAUACGGGUUUUUGUUCGGUUUGGCGGUCAUGUUUUUGAUCACGGCGUCGUACGUGUUGACCGGCGAUAAGAGCGGGUUGAUGCUGACGCCUUCGCCUUGUCAGUUCGGGGGGUUGGGGAGCCCGGGACCCCUGCUGGUGAGCGUGGGGAACGCGUCUUUGCUGAAGGAUUAUGAGCAGAUGAAGUUGGUGGUGAAGUCGAUACAGGACAAAGUGGAUUUUAGCAGCAAAAGACGGAGACCGAAGCUGAAAGAGCUCAUGGACAGCGAGCCACAUUUAUUUUCCGUGGUCCCUCGCCGGUUCCUUCCCGGACUCAAGAAUCCGUGCUGGUACGAGGAAUACCACGGCAACCUCAGCUCGGAUCCUUACCAAAACAACUUCUAUGGACGAUAUUCACGCCGCUUCCGAACAGUUUUCCAGCAGCUCCGGGGUUCUUUCCGGGAACAUUUGGUGCCCAGAGAGGGGAAAAUCUUCCGGUUGCGAUGUCUGCCGUACUUUUACAUCAUCGGACAGCCGAAGUGCGGCACGACGGAUCUGUACGACCGGCUCCGGCUGCACCCGGAGGUCAGAUUCACCACGUUUAAAGAGCCGCACUGGUGGACGCGCAAGAGGUUUGGUCUGAUCCGGCUCAGUGUGCGUCACGAUCGUUUUCCUGUGGAGGAUUAUCUGGACCUGUUCGACCAGGCGGCUCAUCAGAUACAAGGGAAUAGAACCGGAGACCCCAGCACAGCAGGGAGCAAACCACACCUCAUUAUAGGGGAGGCGAGCGCGUCCACCAUGUGGGACAAUAACGCCUGGCUCUACGUCUAUGAGAACUCCACACAGGGAGAGCCUCCGUUUCUGGUGCAGGACUUUGUCCACGCGCUGCAGCCUCAGGCCCGGGCCAUCGUCAUGCUCCGAGACCCCGUGGAGAGACUCUACUCGGAUUAUCUGUACUUCGGAAUCUCCAACAAAUCGGCCGAAGAUUUCCACGACAAAGUGUCCGAGUCUCUGCUGCUUUUCCAGAGCUGCCUCUCCGAGUCCAGUCUGCACUCGUGUGUCUACAAUACUACAGUCAACCAAGCUAUGCCUGUUCGCCUUCACAUCGGCCUGUACAUCGUGUUCCUGAUGGACUGGCUCUCCGUGUUCAGUCCGGAGCAGAUCCUGGUCCUGAGGCUGGAAGACCACGCCUCCAACACCAAGUUCACCAUGGGCCAGGUGUUCUCCUUCCUCAGCCUCGGUCCUCUUUCGAAGGAGCUGGAGUCUGACAUCACGAGGAACCCGGCCUCUAACACCCGUCGCCCGGCCGACAAGAGCCUGGGCCCGAUGCUGCCCGCGACUAAAGACCUUCUGGGACAUUUCUACAGACCGUUCAACCAAAAACUGGCCAAAGUUUUACACAACGACUCGUUUCUCUGGGACUUCUCCUCCUCCUCAUGAACUUUACAGCCACUCAGCUCUGCUCCAGGAAGUGCCCAGACCCUCAGUGCAAACAAACACCUGCAGGAGUUUACACGACGCCUAAAAUAAAAUAAAAAAUAAUAAAAUAAAUAAUAAUAAUAGUCAUAAAAAAUAUCAAAGCCACAGUAUGCAACUUUUUUAGCCAAAUAAUAGAUUAAAUUAAGUGUUUUUUUGUGUGUUUAUUGCACUGAAAAACAUGCGUCCUUACAGUGAGUGGGCUCGCACCUCCACAAACCUGAUUCUCCUGCUUGUUUCCAUGGAAAUGUUCUUCCUUGGCUAUAAUAUUUCACAGUAUGGCCUAAAUCUGAUCCGUCUCCUUGGAGAAUGUUCCAAAGUAUGGUUUUAACUUUCUGUUUCCGUGGAAUCAUGUAGGUGACGCUCCAGAAAGUUACACACUGUACCUUUAGUAAUAAUUCAUAAUAAUGCAUUAGUUUUAUAGUUUUUUUAAGUACUUUUCCAGAUGUUCAAAGUUGUUUUUUAUUUAUUUUUUAAUUUUUUUAUAAUUUCAUGCAGUAAUUGAUUCACUCCAGACUUAGUGUAUAUUUUUUACUUUUACUUCAGUACAUUUGAGCGCAUUUUUGAACAGCACUGAAAAAUAAAAGUAUUUUUUAUUAAACUCUGAGACCUACUGAAAAGUCUGAGGGUUUAUUUUAACACGUUCAUAUUUUUUUAUUUUUUUUUAUUUGUUUGUUAUUUGGUUGAUUGGACCUGAUGAGAGUAAAAAAUAUUUAUGAUCUUUUUUACAUUAUGUAGUUUCUGAGUAAAAUGAUGUCACAUACGAGGACAUUCGCUCUACGUUUGGAUAAUCAUUUGCAAAAACUGUUUAUUAAGUGUCUGAAGAAGCAACAUUUGUCCUGAGUAAAAACAAAACGAGAAACAAAAAUUGCGCCUCCUGGAAGAAUGUGGUGAAGUUUGAAACGUGUGAAGAGCUGCUGACAGGAGCAGGAGACAAAUUUAAAUAUUCUGAACAUUCUUAACUCUUAAAAGUAUUCUAAAUCGAACAUGUUAGCAUUUUUACUCUAUCUUCUUCUCCUAGAAAAUUGAAUUGUGGCCUGGACGACCCAAAACCAGGUCCCAGGAGGAUGUUGUUUGUUUCUUUUGAACAAAAUCCAACACAAAUCUUCCAAAAUCACCACAUUUGAAGCUUUAUUUCUUUUGAAAAUAUGUGCAAAAUACUUAUAUAUAUAUAUCCGAAGAGUAAAAUACCUGUUUAAAAAUGUACCGUAAGAGUAAAACUUUUGUCCAGUUACAGAUUUGAAUUUUUCUUUUACUUUGGAUCUGGACGUGGACGACUGAGGAAUUACACACAGUUAAUACUUUAAUACUUUUACUUAAGUAGAUUUCCAUGUGCUGCUUUUACUUGAGUAUUUCUUUUCUCCGGUUUCUGUACUUUUACUGAAGUGACAAAAUCGAAUACCGUAAAUUUGGGACUAUAGAGCGCACCUGAAUAUAAGCCGCGGGUUUUCAUAUUGUAACGUGAGAUAUUUACACAGAAAGACGGUGCACGGACACGCUUAUUUUAAAACUGUGCCUGAAAAUUGGCACCGACACGACGUCAACACGGGAUGAACACACCUGCAGGUUUAGAAAAUAAAGCUGCACCAACACGGGCCGUCUGUUUUUAUUUCCUUUUGUCGUCUUUUUACAUCGACCGAGUUGGAUUCAUUGAUGCCGAGCUCACGUGCCGUGGAUCUAUUACCUUCUUUAUCUUAAAAACGGCGUCAUAUCCAUUUCUUCGUGUGAAAAUGACCGUUCAAAAUCAAAACUAGUGAAUUCUUCAGAGCGUAAUCUUUCCCCACGUCUGUCUCACUUUUGCGUUUACAGCCAGAGAGCGCCCCCCGGUGGCCGUUAUCCAGUAAAAUUCCAUAAAUAAGCCGCUCUGUUGUAUCGGCUGUGGGGUUCAAAGCGUGGGGGGGAAAAAGUUGCGGCUUAUAGUCCGAAAUUUACGGUAUUUCUUCCACAACUGUUGUAGCCACAGCUGCCUUGGGACAGUUUGACAGAAGCGAGGCUGCCAAUCUGCACCAUCAGCCCCUCCGACUACCACCCACACUCACCCCACGUUCACACGAGGUAACGAGAGUGAAGUGAUUGGAAUGAAUCAAGUUGAGUAUUUUCACAGUCGUUCAAACUCCUGCAGGUGGAUGUGUUUUGCAGUGAACCACAGAAUUUAAAUUAUUCCGUUGUGAGCGUGACGUGGCUGGACGACGGCACAAGACUGAGUGAGAAUGAAUGAUUUUGAGAAAGUUUAUUUUUGAUGUAAACAAGUAAAUAAAGGGAUAAAUAUAC